AAUUUACCCUUAUAGGUCCAUAUUUGUUCUCUAUGGUCCAGAACCGACACCUUUAGUUCACACCACAGCUCAGCCAGUUUUCUUAGGAUGGACUCCGUGUCAGCCUCCGCUGCUCAAUCCCAACUUUCCGAACACGAGAUUUGGUGGAGGGACCACUACGACUUCCUCAAAGAAAAGGGCUACAAGCUACGAAGUCGCUACACUCCAGAUUGGGUACCAUCUUGGACGAAUACCAACAAAAUUGACAUAAAUUGCGAGGAUGGAAUCAUGGCACGACACUAUCAUCUGUUAGACGCACAGCGCAUCCAAGAUGGCGCUCGUGUAUCACUCAAACGUAUAAACAUAAAGAUGCACCCGUAUGAGAUAGAAAUCGGCCGUUAUUUCUGUAGCUCCCUUCUCAGUCAAGAUCCAGCCAACCAUUGCGUGCCAAUCUAUGAUGUUCUGCAGGUGCCCGCCGAUGGUAAUCUUGCAAUACUUGUCAUGCCGUUACUUCGAUAUGCUACGGAUCCCUAUUUUGACACGGUUGGAGAAGUUGUAGACUUUAUCCACCAGCUUUUUGAGGGGCUGCGCUUCAUGCAUAGACAUCACGUCGCUCACCGGGAUUGCAUGCAGCUAAACAUAAUGAUGGACGGCAGCAUGUUCAAAGACGCAUGGCAUCCAAGCGACCAAUAUAUGUCGGUGGACCUCAAACGCCCGGCCAGGCAUCGCACACGCACGCAAUCUCCGCCACGAUACUAUUACAUAGACUUUGGCAUCUCCCGCAAAUAUGAUGCGUCCGAUUCCAAUCCACUAGAAAUACCCAUAUAUGGUGGAGACAAAGGAGUACCAGAGUUCGCGCAAGCCUACACCAAACCUUGGAACCCUUUCCCAACUGAUGUUUGGUAUCUUGGGCAUGCCAUUCAAGAAACCUUUCUCGAUUGUUACUCGGGUGUGGAAUUCCUGAACGGUCUGGUGUCGGACAUGAUGCACUCAGAUCCAACACAACGUCCGAACAUGGACGAAGUUUUUUCUCGGUUCCAGGUUCUACGUCAGGGCUUCAGCAACUGGAAAUUACGUUCCCGAGUGGCUCAUGAUGACGAGAGAUCUGUUUUUGAUUUCUUAGCCUAUUGUGCCCGUCGUAUUCAGUACAUAGUGCGCAGGAUUCCCCCAACGCGUACCUCGCUGUUAUAGGCUUCUUUGUAACCAGUCUCCUACAAUGCACAACUUGAAGUUUUCUGCCCUUGGACAUAAGUCCUCGAAUUUAUGGAGUG